AUGCGGCGACGCGCAACCCAAACACGCAAGCUAGACGUGCCAAAAGCUCAUCGGGAGAUCGUUUUGGCGAACGUCAGAUGUAUUCGACAAGUCCGCGGAAAGCAAGUGAUGUCACCGGAUGGGGGAGACGGACCCCGAGGAAGAAAGUGCCGAGUCCAUUUCAGCAGACAAAAUUAAAGAGGGUAUAGGCAGUAUGGGGAAGAUGGCUGUACUACUGAGUGCUACUUGCAAAUAUAGCGGAAGUUGACCGUACUGCUAUAUCCGAUGCAUCUCUGGACUCUGGACGUUGCUUAGUAGACAUGUCGCAUUUUGCCUUCUGGGUGUCAAGAUGUCAGCAGAGGGGCACGAGGCGCGUUUGUAUGGUCUGUACUGUCACAUCCUCUUGCUCCCUGUUUUCAUUUUUGUUUGAUGUUGUAAAGAACUCGAGACUGUGA